AAAGCGGAUUCCUAAAAUUUUCCUUAUGUCUUACCUUAAAAUUGAGCUUAUUUGAAAUUCUAAACAAAAGAGUUCACCUUUUUCAAAUGAUGAGGCUUAGGUCAUGCAUUAUUUUCUGCAUGAUAAGUAAACUUCUGGUGACAUCUUCUUUAAAAAAAUUCUGCUUUUGGAUUGGAUGCCAAAGCUUGGAAGGGGGGUGCUAAAUUUAUGAUUUUUUUUUUUUUAAUUAAUUUGUGCAUUGUCUAUAAAGUUUUUUCAAAACUUAGCAGAUAAACUCUCCAGUAACUCUCUCCUUAUUAAGCAGUCUCCUUUAGCAACUGUGCGUAUGUCAGUCCAGCAAAAUACUUGAUAUCUUCCACCUCAGAGAUGCGGAGGUAAGACUAGAUUUACGAUCUUUGAUUUUUGUGGGGUUGGAUGCUAGAGCUUGGUGGCAGGGAAUUCUCUUAUGCUUUCAGUGGAUUUGAGCCAUGGAUGAAGGUCACUACAUGUCUUCAUAGCCCAGAUUCUGCUCUCUGGCUCUGAGGCUGAUAGACAUGACACUGGUCACAUCCAUAUGCCUACAUCUCCCUUCUCAGAUGCCUUUCAAAGCAGGCUGGCUACAUCUAAACUGUCUGUUGGAGAUAGUCCGUGACCUGCACUGACUGCCACACUAUGCCUCAAAAUUUUUUGAGAGUGGGGAUAGGCAGCUGUGGGACACCUGGCACAGUGCAGUUUACUUGUAUAGGUAUAGCCUGACACAUUCUGUUGCAGUGGGGAUAAAGGCCGAACUGGGAUGAAAAAAACAAAAGGAGUAAACUGGGACAGAAGAGAAUGGGGAGAAACAGAAAAGGAGACUGAUCUGGGACUGAGAUUGAAAGCCAGAGAGUGAAAUGGAAGAUGGGAAGUACCGAGACUGCAUGAGGAAUGAGGAUGGAACGAUGGACUCGGCAAAGAGACUGGAACAAGGGCGUGGGGAAGGAGACAGAUCAGUUAAUGGUGGAAAAAAGGAAGUGGUGUUAAUGAGGGAAGGGGAAGCUGAAGGGGCUCACUAAGCCAAGUCUUCCACAAGAAUAGGGUUAGGACAGAAAUUGUCUAAAACAAGUCAGGACUGAGGAUAUAGUGAUAUUAAGAGUCUGGGCUGAAACCCAGGAGCUCUUUUUCAGUGUUUCUUAGUUACUAUUUAACCUCUACAAAAUCCUUUGGCAAAGCAUAUCUGAUCUUCUUUCUGUGCCGGUCCAUAAAGAGAAUAACUGGCUACCAGUAUCAGUUACUCUUCCAGCCCUGGUCACUGAAAUCUGCAGUAGAUACACAGGCUCCGAUUCUGAACCGCAUGAAGGAGCAAUGGAAUCUUUCACAAAGAGAUGGGUGAUGAUACAAACCAAGUUUCAAUGAAAGCUCACUUUUAAGAGUUGGAAAGCGAGGUAUGAAGAACAUAGGAAACAGAGGUAGCCUUUCUGACUUGUUCCCACACUGUGUAUAUGUUCUAUGAGAGGAGAUACUUGCUUAUGUAAGGACUACUUUUCCUAAAGGACAUAUUUUUAGUGCAUGGAACUGAUUCAGGAAACGGUGAGUUAUAUGGCAAAGGCAACUUGGUUGAUUGGCCUUCUGUUUAGAAAAUGGAAGUUUGGAUAGAGUAUUAAAGGACAGGAUUAAAGAGAGGCACUAUAUUCUCCUUUAUCAGAUAAAGUUAAAAUAAGACAGGCAUAUGGUUCUUUUCCUUCUUGCCCAAAUGGUCAACACAUUCAAACAGGGUGUUAGAGGUACAGAUUCAGUUUGUCUGUUGUUUAAACCCACAUCCAAGCCCACAUCUUAAGGAGUGGUGAAAGAAUUCCCAAACCCUUCUGCAAAUCACUUCAAAGGGAUAUUUGGACAGUUCAGUGAUGUAGAUAUGGCACUAUCCCUAUCUUUCAGCAGAUAGGAGUUAAAAAAAUUGAGUUCCAAGUCUGCCAUAGUGUGUUCUGGGUUGAAGCAUUAUCGGUUGCUUUUCUGAGAACUGUUUUUCUUCGUGUGGAAUGAUCUCAGGUCUGUAACAGUUACCUGCACUUGUUGAAUGAACUGCUUCAAGCUUUCUCUGAAGCAGAGGCAGCAAAGGAGACUUACUUUAGCUGAGAAGGAUGGUUGGCUUUGCCUUCUGUCACUCAUGUAGUGAUCAGAAGUCUUCUGGGUAGCAUACUCAACUCCUUGUAUUUGCAGAUUAUGAAAUACAAGACACACAGGCUGUCACAGGAGACCGGGACUCCACCAGGCACAUGCUCUAACAGAAGGUUAGACUUAGGCUUGAUUUUAGGUUUUUGCUCGCAGUCAGUUAUCAGCAUUCCUCUAAAUGCUUUUUGGUCGGGUACAUUAAACAUCACACUCUUGAAGUAAAGGUACACCUGCUUUGUGGAUCCCAACAAGGAGCAAAUAAAAGAUUAGCAAAAAGUGGCUUUCACUGUCAAAACUAAAGUGCUUAAGAGCCUGUCCCUAGUGAGAUUUAGUACACCUGAGAAACUCUGGAAGUUUUUAAAGUCCAUGGCUUUUACAUGUCUUCAGGUCAGGCCACAGCAGAGCGAAGAUUUUGAACACUGUCAAAUUUCAGUUUGGGGUCUGAGAUCUUAAGUCCACUUGUGCCUUGAGCCCUGUAUCAAUAUGUAGGUCAACAUUAACUUAAUCCAAAUAUUUACUGAAUGCAGAGAAGAGGAAGCACAAUGACAAGUAUGCACUGAAAACUAUUAAGCAAAUAUGAAGGAUGAUCAGGUAUUUUGAAAAGCAGCUACACAAUGGCUAUGAAUUAUUUAAAUAAGAGAUAACCACAUGGCAGAGACCCCAAAUUACAGUAUUAAUUACACAAGCAGCAGUAUCUGACAUGAAAACAUUUUAUACUAACCUAAGAGGUUUAUAGAAAUGUCAGAGGCAGAGUGAUGGGAAACACAACUCAUUUAGAAUUGCCAGAAAUCAGAUCCUUUAGAAGUUAACAUAUCUAAUAGAAAUCUGUAGCUGUCAGAGAUCAGAGGUGCCCAGCCUUUGUAUGAAAUACAUAUCCUAACAGUCAUUCACAUCCUGAUCUUUCCCAAGCUUUUACCUUAAAAGGAAGAGUUAGCUGUUCUUGUUAAAUCCAUAAAUUUGUAGAUAGUUACUAGUUACUCAGUUUAUCUGAUUUCCAACUUUAUUUAAUUUAUUACCAUUAUUUUUCUGUGUAGCUGUCUGAACCAAUGGGAAUUUUGGAAUCAUGUAUCUCGAUUUUCCCAUGAAGAUCACAUCAGGUGACAGAAGUUUUGGACCAGACCCAAUAUGUGACUUAAGAAGUUAAGUAUCAGGUUCCCGGGUGCCUACGUUUAAGGUUAUUGGAAUCCAGAAUCCUGAGUGAGGCACCUUUUACCUGUGUGAAACACUACACAUCCCAGACCAGCCUGCUGGCUUCAGUCAGAGUUGUCUAACAUCAGCCUGUUCAGCAUGUGGGAAGAUCUCUGCUCAUUGCACAGCCGAGAACCCUUUUCUUAGGGUAGGAAGGAGUAGAAGCCUUUCAGAAAACAGGUCUAAGCUUUCCCUUAGCAGCGCAGGAGCCUGCUUACUAGUCUGCCGAUUCAAAUCUGUAUCUGAGAAAUGGGAGACCAAGAGUACAUUCCCACACUGGAGGGAGAUCAAACCCGUACGUCCCAUGGGGUGUUCUCUAACUACGUUCUAUUUAAGCUGUUGCACUGGGCACUGGUGUGCAUAAAGCCCAGCAGUGAAACUUAACCACCUCAUUUAGCAUAUCACCCACCUGAGGGUGAGCAAGACCUGGGUUCCAGCCCUUCUCUUUAGGAUACUUACUGUCUGUUUACUAUAUAUUUACUAUACUUACUUAGGGUAUCAGGUGGUAGAUUUCUUGAGAGGUCUACUCUCCUCUGUGUUGCUUCACGCCCAACAUAUCUCAACUGUUGCAGAGCAAUCCCAGGAUCAGUGGAAGAUUCUCCUAGGUAACAUUUCAGCAGCAGCUGUGCUGGUUUAAUUGCACAAAGCUGUGAAGAGGAGUGUUCCUGCUCCCCCUGCACCUGCUCUGGGGCUACUUGGAGUCUCUCUCAAGCCAGUUCAGCUCACUAGAAUGGCAGGAUGCCAUCUUCCACUUGUUUGGGUUUUUUUCCUUUCUUUUCUUCUGAGAGAGUUUUCUACCAUUUUAGUGAUUUCAAAUGACUCACUGAGUGGUCCAGCAGGCACAGGGUGCAGCAGCAAAAGGAGGACUUCCCCUUUCGACAGCUGUGAACUCACCACAAGCUUAAAGAAUGACUUGUCACCUGGAGGCUAGGAGACUUUUCUAAGGUAGGAAAUGUGAAUUGAAAUUCCUUCUUUUUUAAGCCUAGACAAGACCUGAGGUCUUGUUGCCCUCCUAAAAUGAGACCUUUACUUACGGAGCUCCAGCAAGAAAGUCCUGGCUCUGUCUCUUGAUGUAUUCCAGAGCCUGCACUUGAUUUUAUGGAGUGCCACAACACAGAAUGGGAAGCUCGGCUGGAACAUUUCCUGGUCGUUCCUACUAGGAGAAAGGCUGAUUGAUUCACAUUGGAUGCAGUCCUACUUAAUUGCAGAGACUGUGUAGAGAACCAAGUUCUUCUGAGCAUAUGUAGACAACUUCCCUGAUCGCAAAGCCUGUCAUGCAGACCAGUGCUCUGCCUAACUUGUCCUCACUCUUCUCUUUAUAGACCUGCAGAGAUACAGAAGGUCUCCUCAUUUGUAUUUCAGUGGAAUCUUAAACUUUACUAUCUCUUCCUACCCUUGCAUUUGCAGGGGUGACCCAUGGAGAUGUAAAUCUUCUAGAUUACUCACUGUCCUGCAUGACCCAUCCCUCUAAAGACCCAUCAAAACAAAGUAAUCUCACAGACUUUGCAGAGGAAAUAAAAACAAAUAGAGAAAAUCCACAUGGUAAUUCUGCAACAUUCUUACCAACAUCAAUGCCUGCAUAGUUAGUGCUUUCAUAAAGAUAGAUUUCAAGUUUUAAAAAAUACUUUGAUACCUCUGCACAAAAAACUACCUUUCUGACAACUUUACUAACACUUCAUAAGAGACUUUUUCAAUGGGCUACUUAAUAUCAAAGAGUUCUUUUUGAAAAACACAUGCAAAAAACCAAGUUACUGAAAAAGGUUCAGCGGUUUACACAAGUUUUCUUCACUGUUACCAUUUUUGAUCACAACCCAAAGCAACAGCAGUGCAAAAUCCUCACAAGCCUUUUUUUUAACUCAAGUUUCAGAUAUGGAUUGGAAAAAACAGUACAAAUUCUCUCUUUUUACUCUCAGGCAUGUCCUGAUGCACAGUAUGUUUUCUGUGACAACUCUAGCAGUUGACUCAAUAUCCCUAACUGGUUUCAGUGACACUGCAGCAUUAUCACAAAGCCGGGUAACUCUUAAAUGAGUAAUAACACAGCUUUAAUCAGUUUUAAUCUAUAUAAAGUACUCAGAGAUCACUACUAUGAAGUAUAAGCAGCCAAACAUAGAAGACAGCUCCAGUUCAUUCUGCAGAACUGUGUUCAGUAACACAUCAAUUUACAACUCUCAAAGCUGCUGUGCAGACCCUUCCACCACCACCAAUGCAGAGGAGUCCAGGUUAGUUUUUCACCACGGGAAAUUAAAUUGUUUUAAUAUGUAUAAGCACACAACGUCUCCAAGCCAUUGAACAGUCCCAGCCAGUAGUUAACUUGAAUUCUCUGCUAAUGUUUAAGGCUCUGGAGACCUAUCCAUAAUUAUUUAUGUACCUGUUGUCCAAGUGUUCUUUGAGUUCACAGUCAUAAUGCUGACUGCAAACUAAAAAUAGUCGAAAUGAAGAGACAGGCAAAGACAGAAGGCUGCAAUGAAGUUUCUGUAUCUCGGUGUUUAUUACUUAAAAUAACAUCUAACCUUAUUUAUGAUCCGUUUAUGUUUCUUAGGGAUGCAGUGGCAUGUCUGUUACAGCUCAAGGGGCAUGAAUUAAAAUAGUGUUCCAGCAUUGUUGAAGGCUGCAACCUGCCAGCUGAAACAAAGACUAUGAAGAAACCACAUAAGUGUGUGAGGAUCCAAAUAACCAUACCUUCAAAAUAAACACAACACGCAAGGGCUUUUUAGGGAUUACAGCUGCAGUGUGGCUGGCUUAUGAAGACAAAACAUGGCAUGCAUCUCCAAACCUGCCUGCCUACCUCCUUCUUCUGCCUCUCUGAAUUUAUAGCUUGACUUUUAGAGUCUGAAGCAAAGAGUAGUGAGAUGAGCAAUUCUAAUGCCUUUGCUGUAAGGGAACAGAGAACCCAGCUGCCCAGCACAGUCUCUGCAAUGCCGCAUUCACCAAUGUGUUGCACAAGAUUGCAGCUGCUUUUUCCACCUGUUUUUCUUCUGAGAAUUAGCAUCUGAAGCCACAAACAUGCAGGAAUUUGAUUUAAAAGCUAAAUGGAGGUCCUAUGAGCCCAGCUCACGAAAUCGCCAGGAAGAUCUUCAGGACGGCAGAUUCAAGACGCUGACCCUGCCCGUCAGCGGGAGCCCGGCAGCUGGCUGCCAUGGCCCCGAGCGCUGGUGCCGACACCCGCCGAAGGGGAUUUCUGUAGCUGACCCCACGCAGGCUUCAUCAGCAGUUUCUUGAUGCUUGGAAAAUUCUGACACCCACCCUGUUGGACUACUUGUAACCAGUGCCUAAGACUACAAAAACGUAUGUGUGGAAGAACCUUUCCUUGAAGGACGCGUCCAUCUCAAUACUGUAGAAACUCUGUGCAAGCCUUGCAAGGCAGGAGAGCAAUUUGUGCUUCCGUUGACGCUCGUGUGUAAUCUCUGCUUCUUAUGCACUCCAGCACCCCUAUCAGUUCCUUGUUCUCCUUCACCAGCCCUGCAGUGAAAAGGCUGCUGGGCUGGAAACAAGGAGAUGAAGAGGAAAAGUGGGCAGAAAAAGCUGUUGAUUCCUUGGUGAAGAAGUUAAAGAAGAAGAAAGGUGCCAUGGAAGAACUGGAAAGGGCUCUGAGCUGCCCGGGUCAGCCCAGUAAAUGUGUCACGAUCCCACGUUCCCUGGAUGGGCGGCUGCAGGUGUCUCACCGCAAGGGGCUUCCCCACGUCAUAUACUGCAGAGUGUGGCGCUGGCCUGAUUUACAAUCUCACCAUGAGUUGAAACCACUGGAGUGUUGUGAGUUCCCAUUUGGCUCAAAACAGAAAGAAGUGUGCAUUAACCCCUACCAUUACCGGCGGGUGGAAACCCCAGUUCUACCUCCUGUACUCGUUCCAAGACACAGCGAGUUUAACCCUCACCUCAGCCUCCUCGCCAAGUUUCGAAACACUUCUCUGCACAGCGAGCCGCUGAUGCCGCACAAUGCCACCUAUCCUGAUUCUUUCCAGCAUCCUCCGUGCACCCCUUUUCCAUCAUCACCCAGCCACAUGUUCUCCCAGUCGCCUAGCAGCAUCAGCUACCCCAACUCACCAGGAAGCUCUUCUGGACCGGGAAGUCCCUAUCAGCUCACGGUGGAAACUCCACCCCCACCUUACCAUGUAAGAGAACCUCCAGGAACCCACAAUGGGCGGUCAAUGGAUGCAAUAGCUGAAAGUCAACUAGUGCUGUCUUUGCCCAAUGGAGACUUUCGGCCUGUUUGCUAUGAGGAACCCCAACAUUGGUGCUCAGUUGCUUACUAUGAACUCAACAACCGGGUAGGGGAGACUUUCCAGGCUUCCUCACGAAGUAUCCUUAUAGAUGGAUUUACAGAUCCCUCAAAUAACAAAAACAGGUUCUGCCUGGGACUGCUCUCAAAUGUAAACCGCAACUCUACUAUAGAAAACACCAGGAGACACAUAGGAAAAGGUGUUCAUCUUUACUAUGUUGGUGGGGAAGUUUAUGCUGAAUGUGUCAGCGACAGCAGUAUUUUUGUGCAAAGCCGCAACUGUAACUACCAGCAUGGUUUCCACCCAGCCACUGUCUGCAAGAUCCCCAGUGGCUGCAGCCUCAAGAUCUUCAACAACCAGCUCUUUGCCCAGCUGCUUGCCCAGUCAGUCAAUCAUGGUUUUGAAGUGGUGUAUGAGCUGACCAAGAUGUGUACUAUUCGAAUGAGCUUUGUUAAAGGCUGGGGAGCGGAGUAUCAUCGCCAAGAUGUUACAAGCACGCCCUGCUGGAUUGAGAUUCACCUCCAUGGACCGUUGCAAUGGCUGGAUAAGGUGCUGACACAGAUGGGCUCGCCUCAUAACCCCAUCUCCUCAGUCUCUUAAGAAUCAUCUCUAGAAUUCCCUUAGGAUGGAUGCUAUUGCAGGCAGUGGCUUAUAGGGUUUCCAGUGAACAGAAGCUUCUAUAUGUAGAUGUAUGUAGAUGUAAAUAUAUCUAUACAUAGUCUACUCUCCUUUUUCUCUUUUUUUCCAUGCUACAUUUUGUGGUUUCUAGUUACUCUGAUGCCAGUACAGUAAGUUUAGAAAUUCAGGUAUAGCGUAUCUGUUCUCUAGUACAAAAUAAGCCAAAUUCCUGCAAAAGUGUCAAACAUUUCCUGUGAGCAUCUUCAUUCCCCAGCCAAGCCAAUAAAUGGUGCGAAUUCUCAGCACUUUCAUGUGGAUUCAGAAACCUGGCUGUAGCUGUUCCUAGUAGGUGAAAUUCACCCCUCUGCAGGCAACCAAAGUCAGAUCUCUACACCAUUUAUAUCCAUUUUACAUCCUAAUUUCAGGUCUAAAAGAGGACCUUAGAUGGUGCACAGGAAUUGUGCAUAGAGAUGACUUUUGUCCAGUGAACUGAAGGACUAAACUGCAAUUCCAGUCUGUCUCCCUACUGCAAAGCACGAUGGGGCAACAGAUACACUGAGGAGCUGCAGCACCCCUGUCUCCCCUAGGAUUUGGCAGGAGGAGAGAGCCCUCGGGACGCAUUCAGCACUGGAGCCUUAUCAGAGCAUUCUGGACGCAUCCGAGUAGUCUGAUACUGUUAACACAGUAGCGUACGGUACUGCUGCACUGAAAAGCAACAAGCUCCUAAGGAAAAAAAGAAGAAAAUUUGAAAUAUAUGCCUAUAAGUUUAAAAACUAAUUAACUUCCAGUGCUUUUUUGCAAAGUACAUACAUACUUGCAUAUGUAUCUGGCAUGUAAACCGAAUCCUAUCCAUUAUACAGUAUUGAUGUAGUUUGUUUUAAAGUUAGGACUCUGUAGUUAGACUACUGUGCUGAUAUCAAGGGUACGUCUAAAAGGGACUUGAACUGUGAUUCAGAAAAGGGAAAUGAAGUGUGCAUUGAAGAACCGACUAAUUAUCAUUCGUCUUGGGAUAGUCUCUGUACUGGGAAGAGGAAGCCCCAGGCUCACAGGAUGCAGUGAGGAGGAGGUGGGAGGCAGCCACGUCCAUCCCCUGUGCUGGCCAGUCCUCAGGAUCUGAUGGCAAUGCUCGGGUCUGACGGCGAGGGCUUCCCUGCCAGUCACUUCGUACAUCCCCAUGGAUGGUUCCUCGUCUUAGAUACAGGCUGCAUCGUUUGCAGUGCUUUUGCCUCGCCUGCAGAGGAUGGUGAGGCAGUGUAAGCCACGAACAAGCAAAGAGUGAAUCUAUGUGCAGAACCUUUUUUAAAAGCUCCUUGUCCGUGGUCCUUUUGUAAGCAGGGAAACCUAUUGCCCGUACCCUCAUCCACAGAGCCAGCCUUACAAAAUGCUGUUCACUUGGUAACCUUUUCUGAGGAGGCAGGUGAAACUCUUACUACAUUUUGAUGGUCCCCCUUACCUUGCUGAAAGGGUAGAGGAUUAUUUCUUUCCAGGCAUAACAGUCCACUGAAAAUGGUUGUGCUUUAAGGGUCAGAAAGAGCGAUAACUUCUCCAAUCUCCUUCCUCUUUAGAAUACGCCAGAAGUAUCCUGAGGGGAAAAAAAUGUUUUACAGAAUGUUUCUGUUCUUCUCACACAAUAUCUGGUGCUACAUAUUUUACUGCAUAAUUAGAAGAGGAUGCCUGAAAUCUUCAGCUACAUCACAUAUGCAAAGGAAAUACCAUUCACUGGAAAGACUUUCCAUGUGUUUUAGAUGCUAUGUAAUACCUGUUACAGGGUGGUAAUUAUGAACAGAGCAGAAGAAUCAGUAAACUAGCAGGGUUGCUUGGUUUGAAUGCAUUUUCAGCUGCCUGAAGAAUUUGUAGGGCACAGAAGGAUAAAUUAUUGUUCAGUUUGAGCAGUAAUAGGAAGUUGUAUAGGAAAUCUGUAAACGCGAAGAACCCUAUUCUGUCACCGUUUGACAUCAGCAGUGUCACUGUGGGAUAGGAAAAGCUUUACAGUCUCCUGCAGCAAUUAAAUCCAAUAAUGAUGUUACACAGAAAUUCCAGGCAUGCCAUGUACUGUUCAGAGAGAUCAGUCUGGAAAAAGACAUGUUCCUCAGCUCCUUCUGUCAUCAGUGUCACUGUACCAAGGUACUGGUAACACCAUUUUUAACAUGUUUAUUGCACCAUUUCGCCAGUAAUUUCUCUGUGAUUUUCACGUUGCUCAUCCCUUUGCUUUCUUAGCAGCUAAGGACAGAGAAAAUCACCUCUUCUGUCUAGGAUCUAGCUCGGUCCUUCAUCCUAGAUUCUUCCUUACCUUUUAGGCUGAAACCUCCUUCGCUCCUAAUAGAGAGAGAAGCCUAGGGGUUGCUUUUAGACAUUCCCAGCAUUGUCAUCUUCCUCGCAGAGAGCAAAGGUGGACGCUCUGAGGCGCAUCUGCUCUUGGGCAGCUCCAGAACCCGGUUUCCUGCUGAUGCUGCGGAGGAAAACUGGAUGGCCAGUGAAGAGAAGCAGGUUCCUCUGGGGCAUCGUUCAUUUCAUCCUAAGGCAGGUAUUUCAAGUAGGUGAAAUACACUGCGCUGUGAGCACGCUUAUGUCUUCCCAUUGAGUAUAAGGGGAACUCAGGGUCACUAGCUCAGAUGUGGACUGCUACAUUGGACAUAUCCAAAAGUAGGUGAGGUGGGCCCUAGGGAAGAUGUGAUCGCUUUCCCAGCCUAGUAAUGAUGCUUGCUCACUAAGUGCCUAAAUGUGUUUAAAUGGAAGUUGGUAAAUUCAGAGCAGUUUUUCCCUUCCUGUAUGUCUACUUUUAUAGUAAUCCUCAUACAGAUAGGACCUGGCUUCAGUGCAGUCCACACAUGCAUCUCAUUAAAGGUAGUCACCUUAAUAUUCCCUUACUAGUAAGUAAAGAGGCAUUUCUGGAGCAUGAUUUUCUGACCUAUUUAAAAUGUCUGCAUUAGGAUGAGAUGAAUUUCAGCAAAUUUAGCCAUUUGCUGAAAGUUGGAUCGAAGCAUCUGAUUCUGAGCAAUCAGCCAACAGCCACCCAGAGUUGUUAGCCUUUGGGAAGGCUGGUAUCACUGCGUGAACUAUUUCCUACUUUUUGAUGGCCUCUAGGGCCUUAGUCCACUGUAUGAGAUGCUGUGCAAACACACAGCAGCUGACAGUUCCUUCCCAAGAGAAGGGGAGAGCUCACAUCACAAGGGAGAAGUGGUAACAGUGGACGAGGCAAACAAGUAAAUAGGAAGAUGAGAUCUGCCUAGAUGCAGUGAUAAAAGUAAGGCUAAUAAGCCAUUUAUUUCCCUUUCUUUUUGAACACUCUGUCUUACAGGCUUCUCUAGUAUAUGUGAAUUGAGCUCAGUUAAAAAUUCAGGUUUCUCAUAAUUCACAGCAAUCUAACUUUGUAUCUCACUCUAAUGUCUCCCCAUUUUGGAAGGAGAUAUUUUCUGCUGAAAGGUCUUCAUGAACCUAUCAACCUAUAGUCGAUUUAAAGCCUUUAAAUGUUCUCAUUAAUACUCAAGCUUUGGAGAUAGGCUUCCUGAGAGAUUUAAAACCACUUGCAGGGAGACUACGUAGUCCAAGACAGAUUUUUUUUUUUAAAAUGUUUUUUGAACCAUCAACAGUUCAAACCCUCUUGAAAGUCUCUGUGGAGAAGUACCAUGCAUCACCAGGCAACGGUGGGAGUUUGAUCAGGUGGAGGCAUAAAGCUUAUUCAUCAUGGUACGUAGACCACUUGUUUUCCUAUUAAAUGGUCAAGAGAAGACAACUGCUUAAUUGCUGCCCAUUCUUCAGCAGCACCAGUAUUAAUGUGCCGUUUGCAUCCAGAGGUGAGGGGAGCAAAUCUAGCGCGCUGCCUGCAUGGAGCCGUUCAGUGGCACUGCUGCUCUGACGGCUCCGUCCCAUAACCUUGCACUGUAACAGCUGAUCAGGUACGGUAUAGCAAUGGCUGUAGCAUUCAGAAGUGCAGCACAUGCUUUGCCUCCCCAUCAGAGGCUAUGCCACAAAUGUCUUUACUCCUCCUGAGAAUUUCAUGUUUUGGCAUGCUCAGUCUGAAGGAUAAUGUAUCAGCAACACAAAGGGGAACUGUGGCCCCGAGUAACAUCAACUGGAGUCGAGGAAAUUCCUUCUGUGUCUCCAGCAGGUACUGUGUCAAGACUUUCACCACCCUGAGCAGCCUUCUCUGAGUGGUCCCUGCCUUGAGCAGGGUGUCAGACUGGAUGCCCUGCAGAGAUCCCUUCCAAUUUACAUUAUUCUGUGGUCUGUGCAGAGAUUCAAUGACAGCUGGUUGCCACAGGCAGGAGCUCUCUGUUAGCAGAGGCAGUUUCAAGAUGAAGCAUGUUUAUCCUCAGCUAUUUCUGCAUGACUUUGGUGCAGAACAGAGUUACGAGGUAUUAAUGUUCCCUCAGCAUAAGAUCAAAACUGCAAACAUUCCUCAGUGUAAACAUCAUCUCUGCCACACAACUCUUAAAAUGGAAAAAAUCAGGCAUUUGUGACUGUAACUUUAUCUAAUCUGCCCUUGUUCAUCCUGGCUUCACCUUUGCCUAUAAGCUCUGUGAAUCAGAAGGUCUCACCAGCGACUGAGGAGUUGCUCAAACAGCUGGAUUUGAAGAGGCAGCUCAGGCACUGUUUGCUUCUUGGCUGGAUGGAAACAAUUUAUAAAAAGAAGCCUGAUCGAAUUUAGUAACUCUGAAGGGAUCUCAAGUAUAAGGCCAAUGUUCUUGGCUCAUUAGAGACUUCUCUGGUGCAGCUAUAGCUUUCAGGAAUACUUGAGCACUACAUGGUGCUCAGCACAGGAAAGAAACAUUACAUCCUCUGUACUAUUCACCUCUCCUCCUGGCUCCCCAUAACCUGACUUAGAAAAACCAAAACCAAACACAAUAAAGAAAGAUUAAUGAGUCAUAGGGCAGAGUAAUUAAAUACCAUUUUUCAAAGUUGAGAAGUGCUGCCCAGAAUAUAGAUUAUAUCAUCAGAAAUGUACUGAAUGUAACGUCCCAUGUGCUGUCCAAGCCAAAGGCAAGAGCUCCUUGCUCUGGACAAGCCUGGAGAGCAGGCUCUUACUUGGACAUCUGAACCCCAGCCCUUCUGGGUGAGUGGAAACCCCACUGAAGGGGCUGAGAAGAUUUUUCCAGAGGACUUAUAGUUCAUGGUUGGUUGCAGUAGCCAGAGAUGCAGUGAGACAAUGACGGGACUGGGGAGGAGGUGCUCCUGGGAGCAGAAAUGCUCAGUGGUCAUCGCUAGAGGUAUCAAGGCAGUACAUGCUUGGGCAGCCAUUGUGUUCACUGGAACUUUUUACAUUCACAUCUAAACUAAUCGUCAAGACCUGUUUUAGGAGCAGCUUGGGGUACCACAAUCCUUGACUUGGUGCUUCCAACACACCCUGCCUGGCUGAGUGUGCCAGCUGCUUGGUUAAGCCAUUAGGUAUGUUGGGGCAAAUGGCAUCCCAUGUGAUGCAGGGAGUAGGGUCUCCUUGCAUCUGGAAACUGCACUUGCAAGAUUAACCUCUGCCUCGCUGCAGGACUAAUGAGUUCAGCUUUGGGGCAACCAUUCAAGGACACUAUCAGCACAUCCAGUUUGAGCUCCUCAAACAAGAACAGAAACUGCACGACUGAAAGACACGGAUCAUACAGAGCGUCUGCCUGGGAACUGCAAUAAAGCAACUCGCUUCAUGCCUAGGUGGGAAAUUGCAGUGCCCAAAGGAAGAUGGAAUCAGCAGGAACUUUCACAGGGACUCCCGACUAUGAAAUUACAUUUAUAACAGGAGCUAAGAACGGACAAGAAUGGCUUCCCUGAGAGUGACUAAGAGGUCAGGUUACCAUCAAAAAAGAGCCUGAUGAUAGAGUUGGUUCCAUCUUGCAGCAGGGAGAGAGAUUAUAUGAGACUUUAGAUCUGUGGAUUAAAACCUCCUCAACCUGGAGGCUUCAUUGCAGUGACUGAAACAGGGCUUCUUCAUAACGGCAGCUCUGGGCAGACCUUUCUGCAGGGUACAGAAAGCCUGAGUGGGCAUUUAGUCUUUGUUCAGCAGAGAGAAAUCGCUUUGUGUCUCUGGCGCAGACAGACACUUCUGCAUGUUGUGCACCAGCACAAAACACAGCCUUUGGUUUGUACUGAUCAUCUACUCGUAGGAAGCUCCGGCGUGGCCAGGAGCAGCCAAAAUCCUGUUACCUGUUCCCCCCAGGGCUUUCCAAACAGCUUGCCCAGGCGUGCCUUACAUUGUAUUGCCAUAUUGAUGCCACAGUAUCCUGCCAGGCAGGUGAGGUGUACGAGAGUCCUCUCCAGAGGACACCUCCACUUGCACCUGGGCCGUGCUUGCAAACUUGAUGCCUGUACAGAUAAUGAGUCUAAUUUGCAGGCCAUGUCUCUUAUGCAAGGUAGACAUAACCACUACAUCCUCCAGAGUCAGCUACUCUUCCCUUAUAGCCAAUGUGAACAUUUGCAGCUAAUUGUGAACGGUUUUUAGAUCUUCAGUCAUAGUGUUUUUAUUAUCCAUGGAUGCUGCUAUUUUAUAUUUCGUGUUAGUAUUCAAAUAAUAUUGCAUAUGAAUAGCAUAGGAAGAAAUAGACCAACCAGUUAAUAAUUUUAAAUACAGACCUCAUCAGCAAAGAAAAGCUAGAAAAAACUUGCUAAAGCCUGACCCCUUGCACUUUCACAGUAGCGAGCACAUCAUGUUUUAAAGUGGGUUUUUUUGAUGCUAAAGUGUGUGUUAAAGCUUAUUCAGAGUUAUGUCCAUGAGGCGCUUUGCAAAUGAGAGCAAGGGAACAAACGUAAUGAUGAGCAGAGAUAAUGCACAUUCAGAUACAUUUUCUUUGCUUAAUCAAGCAAUUUGAGUUUUUAAUUAUUUAUAAUACUUUUUAAGUACAAGUCAAAUGUACCACAGCAUACUUUCUGCAGAGAAAUCAGUGUUAGCAGUUUAAUCCCUCAUUUCAGUAUCACCUCUGUGACACAAAUGGGGCUGAGAAGCGAGACAAGAAAGUGAAGAAACAGGCCUUUUUGUGUGGAUCAACAAAGCCAUAAGGUUGCAAAGUUCUAUACAGUCAAGGGGCCAAAAUGGUGGAUUCGAGCAAGGCAUGGGUUUUUUGCAUUAAGUACAAGCUAUCAGUCUGGUGCCGAAAAGCACCGUGAAUCAUACAUAGAUUUAAUGGCGUCACUUGUGUCUAUGAACAAUUCUGCCCUCUCUUUUCCAUCAGAAUCAAAGCAAAACAUCUGCACCAUCCAGAAUAAAGUAUUAUUCACAGUUAGUGAUACUCUGUAAAAGUGUAGAUCGCUGUAUAAAGAAAGCUACUUGGACUCUUGCCUCUUGAGAAUGAAAAAUCUCAGACAUUACUUAGUUUCAGGAGCCUGAGAGAUCAGGGCAGCUCAGAGUCCUCCAGCUCUAGUCCAUGCCCUGUUGUAUCAAGAAAGAUGUAACAACUGCUAAUCAAGUGGACAUUUUCACAAGCAUUCCUCCUGCUGCAUUUGAUUUGAGGCAUUCUGAAGUCAACAUAGUCUGAUGUUUGAAUAAUACACUUUUUAACACACUCCAUUUUCUUUGGCUGGAAUUAUUCUAUUGUAAAAGGGAUUAUUCAUGUCUUGUGUUUUACUGUUAAUAAAGAUAUUUCUGAUUUAA